AGUGGGCCCUUGCUUCCUGCGCAGUCGAGUCGGGCGGACGGCUGUAAAGGGCGCCGGCCAGCUUGCGCUCCAGCCACGAGAGCGUGGCAACCUCAAGGCUCCAGCGUCCCAGCAUGUGGUGGAGUGUCGGGUCCUGGGGCUUGAGCUGCACCGCUUUGUCAACGUGUUCCUGCAAGCCGCAUGGGCGCCAACUCUUCAAUACUCAUCGCCUGACAAUGGCACCAUCAAGCCAACGCUUCAUCAUUCAGACGGCUUUAACCACGGCUGCACCCCGACAAUGAAUCGCAUCACAGCUGCAUCGAGUCACAUCACCCCUGCAUCCGCUGCAUCAUCAGAACGAGUGACUUCCACUCCCAAGUCAAAGCCAAAACAGCGUGUUGGCUUGUGGCCAAUAGUAGCAGCCGUCGGAGUGGUAGGCGUAGUGACGGUCGUUGUCUUGAUGGGUUUGGUCAUCCCUGGCACCUCGGUGUGGCAGCAGACAACGGUCACGAGCUCUGGUGGCCCCACCACCACCAGCAAGUCUCUUGCACCGCCCACCGCCCACACAAAGCCCGCGGACAAGGGUACCGAACUCGCACGCAUCCUUGCCAACGUCAGCAGAAGCUACUUACGUCGAACGCUCAGAUUUCUAUCGGAAAAGCCGCACCUGUCCGGUACAAAGUACAGCGAGGAAACCAUCGUUGAUUUCAUUGCGGACGAGUUUCGCAAGAAUGGACUGGACACGGUUGAAAAAGUGCCCUAUCGGGUCCUGCACCAGUACCCGGACCCGAACAACCCGAACAAGGUGCAGUUGGUGGACGCCAAUGGAAAAGUGCUUGAAGAGGCGAAAUUGAUCGAAGACCCUGUGCCAGGAGACAAUGUGGACGGUUUGGUGCCUGGGUACCUCUCAUAUGCACGACCGGGUACAGUUGAGGCGGAUGUGGUGUACAUUGGUUCUGGAACGCAUGGAGAUGUGGACAUGCUGGAAGCCAACGGAAUAUUCGUUAAAGGACGCAUCUGCCUGGCGCGAUAUGGCGGUGGGCACCGUGGCGGAAAGGUCACUGUGUGCCAAGAACGUGGCGGUGUCGGAACCAUCAUCUUUCUGGAGCCCAGCUUGCCAAACGCGAAGGAGUUCUACCCAAAGUCGACUCUUGUAGAUGGCUCGGCACUGCAACGUGGGGCUUUGUACACAUUUGCCGAUGUUGAGACUCCGGGCUACCCGUCAGUUGAUGGAGUUUACCGCGACAUUAAUAGCAGCGAACUGCCCAAAAUUCCGGCCCUCACGGUCAACUACAACUUCGCUAAGAAAGUGCUCGACCAGAUGCAGGGCAAAGUGGUCAACCUCAGUGGAGGUGCUCGGCCAGCUGGUCCCAUCAAAGAUGGCAGGAAGCUGAGACUCACAGUGAACAGCAAGUGGGCGAGGCCCGUCGUCUACGAUAUCAUUGGCACCGUCAGGGGCCGUCUGGAGCCUGAUCGGUACAGUAUCACAGGAGCCCACCACGAUGCCUGGGUAUAUGGCACCAUCGACCCGUCAUCGUCGACCGCCAACAUUCUCGAGCUUAGUCGACUGCUGGGCCACCAUUUGAAGCGUGGCUGGCGACCGCGGCGCACGGUGGUGCUGGCGAUCUGGGCCGCGGAAGAGACAGCCAUAGCGGGAUCUGGCGAGUGGGUGGAGGAGAAGCUGCUCCGUCUCAACCGCGGAGGCGUAGGCUACGUCAACGUAGACAACUGUGUCUCCGGGAUCAUGUUUUUCGCCUACGCCUCGCCUGUGCUGAAGAACUUCCUCGUGGAUACAACCAAACUUGUGCCGUUCAACGACACCAAGACUCUGCACGACUACUGGUACAACUAUGAGCACGAGUACGAGCGCAAGCACAAGGGCACCACGGGAAAGACUGAACUCAAGGUGUACCUGACCCACGGAGGGAUGGACAACUCUGCCUUCAAUUUCGUUGCCGGAGUUCCUUCGGCUAUUUUCACCUUCCGGCCUGACAAGAAUGUGUUCAAGCUGGGCUCUUACCCUGCCUACCACACGGCGUUCGAGACGAUUCGUCUGUUCGAGACUCUGAUUGAUCCGACCUACCACUUCAUGGAGACGUGCACUCGCUUCAACGGGAUGCUGACACUGAUGCUGGCCGAUGCGGAGAUCCUUCCCUACGACUUCCGCAACGUCGCUCAAGAGAUCUCCAAAAGCGUCGCUAAGCUGUCCUUGUACCGCAAGCAGCUUGAUACAUAUGAUGCACCCAUGGACUGGCUGCUUGAGGAGGUGGAUCUGUAUGGAAAGGCAGCCGUGAGGUGGCACGAGUGGCUGGCAAACGCAACGCUAGGGGAGGAUGACCGGCGGCGGGUCAACGACCGCAUGGUUCUGGUGGAGCGUGCCCUGCUGAGCCAGGCGGCCUGAAGGGGCGGCCCACCUUUCGGCACCUAAUCUUCUCACCCCAGCUGGCCAAUGCGUACGCGGGCACGGGGUUUCCUGUGGUACAUGACCUUGCGUACCAGGCCGGACGCCUGCCCGUAGAAAAGCAGGGGCCCAUCUGGCGUCGCGUGCGGGCCUUCAUCAACCAGGCCUGUAUUGCCGUGCGAAAUGCCCGGAUACUGCUCGACUUCGACAUGGCAAUACCCACGGGGACUAAAUCUAGCAAUCAUCGUGUGAACAUAAUGUAAACAAAGAGUGAUAAAGAAAAAAUAUUUUCUG